CUUCCCUGGAGCUAUAUAUAAACACGAGCUGCAGCGAGACUUCACUCCAUCCAAGCUCUCUAAAGCAGAACACGAGAGGUUCUAGGCUGCUGCUUCUUCUUCUGCUACUGCAUACAGGCACGGAUCACGCGCACACAUGGAAAAUAAAUCACCCUCUUCAUGCAUCAGCCCAGCAGCUGCAUCCAUGUCAGCCGACGAGAGCAGCUGGGCGAUGCACAUCGCCAACUUCCUGGCAUCACCACAUGAGAGCGAGGAGAUGGAUCAAAAAGCACCCUCCGAGGGUAGCUUCUCCUCCGGCUUCUCUUCUUCCUUUGAUUCCUUCGUUGACGACGCCUCUUUCAUCACGUCGGAGCUCAUGUGCGACGACGAAGAAGACGAGUCUCUACAAGAUACUGCCUGUUCUUCUGCAGCUGGCCCAAAGAUAACUUGCAUGGAAAAUGUUAAUAUGAUGUCAAUGGCAACAAUGGAUGCAAAAGAGUUCAACAUUCCCCAGCUGGCCAAGUAUCUUGCGGAUGUGGGUUCACAACAGCAGGUGACCGAAGUGGAUCAAGAAACGGCGAAUACUUACAAUGACAGUGAGAAAGCAAUGUAUGAGUGUAAUGAGCUGAGGAAGAAAGGGCUUUGCUUGGUCCCCGUCUCCAUGUUGAUAAAUUAUCUCGGAUGAUUACUGUCCAUGUACUACCAGUAUUCAGUUUAAUUGUAUACAAUCAUAGUUAAUAUAUCUUGUUUCAGUUCAUAUAUCACUCUCUUCAGUUGGCUGAGAGAACCCUACUUCCAUCAAGCUGUU